GGGUCGCUGCUUUCUCUUGACCAUGUGCCCCAACACUUGCGGGCCUCCUGGCUCCCAGAACUCUUCCACUGCAAGGAAACUCUGUGUCCAGUUGCUGCUUCUGGGGUCUCUCCUGCCCACCUGGCUAGGAGCCGUGGAAAUCAAGGUCUCCGAAGACCCCGUGGUGGCCCUCGUUGGCCAUGACGCUAUUCUCCACUGUUCCUUCUCGCCGGAGGCCAAUUUCAGCCUGAACGACCUCAGCCUCUUCUGGCAGGUGACGGACACCAACCAGCUGGUGCAUGGCUUCACGGAAGGUCAGGAGCAGCCAGCGUACCAGGGCAGCACUUAUGCCAACCGCACCGCCCUCUUCUAUGACCAGCUGGCCCUCGGCAACAUGUCCCUGCUGCUGCGCCGAGUGCAGAUCUCCGACGAAGGGAGCUUCACCUGCUUCGUCAAAGUGCGGGACUUCAGCCGGGCAGCUGUUACUCUGCAAAUGGCAGCUGUCUACUCCAAGCCGAACAUGAAUUUGGAACCCAGCAAGAAUCUGAAGCCGGGUGACCUGGUCAAAGUGAGGUGCCACAGCUUUUCGGGGUACCCUGAAGCUAUUGUGCUCUGGCAAGAUAGCCACGGCAACAACAUCACUGAGAAUAUCACCACCUCCCAGGUGGCCAAUGAGCAGGGCCUCUUUGAUGUCCAGAGUACCCUCCAGGUGCUGCUUGAACCUAACAGCACCUACAGUUGCCUGAUCAAGAAUCCUUUGCUUCAACAGUUGACCCACGCUUCCGUCACCAUCACAGCCUUGCAACCUCUGAAAAACAUGGAUGCCAAAGAAGGUAAGGCAGUUGCACGUUGUGGCAAACAUAGAUCCAAGGCCCUUUCACACCAGAAACAGAUAAAGAAUAAUGAUACGAUAAACAACCAUGAGCUCAACAAUCAGCAGAUAAAGAACAAUGAGGAUUUAAUAGUAGAAGAUAAGAAAGAAAUUAAGAUGAAGACCAGGGAACAAUUCACAGCAGAAGGACAUUCUUCUCAAAGGUUUCCGUACAAUCGGGUGAAAAGCAGAUUUAAUAUAGACAAAAGGAUAAUUGGAAUGGAGAAGAAGACAACUGAAUCUGAAAUCGUGUAUGGG